CCCCGCCCCUGCCCGGUCCCCUCUGACCGUCCUUUACUCUGCUGCAGCUAGGCCGCGCGCAAAGCCAGCGGAGAGGAAAGCUCGAGAAGGGGAAACACGACUUGCGGGGGCGCCCUGCGAGCGAGCUGAGAGCUGAGGCCUAAAGGUACCCCUGUCGUCCCGCGGCCGCGAUGCCCAAGGACUGGGACAAGGAUGUGUAUCCGGAGCCGCCGCGCCGCACACCGGCGCCCGACCCGAUCACUUCGCUGCCCAACCCGGUCGUAAUCCUGACGGACGUUUUCAAUUUCCUCAUAGACCGGCCCGUCACCCACUUCCGAGAAUUCAUAGAGAAGCAACAUGCAAAAAAUAAAACCUACUACUACCAUCGGCAAUACCCCCGUGUACCAGAUAUAACUGAGUGCAGGGAAGGGGAUAUUCUGUGCAUGUUUGAAGCAGAAAUGCAGUGGAAAAGAGACUACAAAGUUGACCAAGAAAUUGUUAAUAUCGUCCAGGAAAGAAUGAAAGCCUGUCAGCAGAGAGAAGGAGAAAGCUAUCAACAAAAUUGUGCGAAGGAGGUCAACCAGUUCAAAGAGGUUGCAAGAGCUUAUCAGGAUCGAUAUCAUGAACUUGGAGCCAAUUCAAGUGCUCGAAAAUGUCUUGCAAAGCAAAAGCAUCGGAUGCUUGCUGAGAGAAAAGCUGCCAAAAAGGCUGCUGCAGCCUGACUCAACAAAUUGAUAGGAUCCAGGACUUUAUUUUUCUGUGACCUUUAUUCAUCUCAAUAAAAGUCUUUGCAGUUCUAUCCGUGCAA